AUCAGGUUAACCGCUUACAAAUAUAGCCCGUUAGCGCACAGGCACGGUAGCCCUUCCGCUGGGGGCGUUGCCCUGCGGGGUGUAAACAGCAUCGAAAGCGGUUCGCAGCGUGGCGGCCGGGGACUGUCUGCGCCCGCUCGUACAGGGAAGGUGACUUUAUGCUGCUCCCCAGAUGGGACACAAAGUGGUCGUGUUCGACAUCUCUGUCGUCAGAGCCUUGUGGGAAACUCGCGUCAAGAAGCACAAAGCAUGGCAGAAGAAGGAGGCGGAAAGGCUGGAGAAGAGCGCCCUGGAAAAGAUAAAGGAGGAGUGGAACUUCGUGGCCGAGUGCAGGAGGAAGGGUGUGCCCCAGGCCCAGUACUGCAAGAACGGCUUCGUGGACACCAGCACAAGGCUCCUGGAGAAGAUAGAGAGGAACUCAGUCGCCAGGCAGAGAGUCAAGGACAGAGAUAAAGCGAGCGAUCCAUAUGUGUUUGAACUUUCAGGGGCGCAGUGGAAGGAGCUGCCUGAUUCCCUGAAGGAGCAGACUCACCUCAAAGAAUGGCACAUUCACAGCACCCUCAUUCAGAUCAUUCCUACGUACAUCGAGCUGUUCCAAGCGAUGAGAAUUUUGGAUUUGCCAAAAAACCAAAUCAUGUGUCUUCCAGCUGAAAUUGGUCACUUGAAGAACCUGAAGGAACUCAACGUGAGCUUCAACCAUCUCAAGAGUAUCCCCCCGGAGCUGGGAGACUGUGAGAAUCUGGAGAGACUGGACUGUUCCGGGAAUCUGGACCUGACGGAGCUCCCCUUUGAGUUAAGCAACCUGAAGCGAGUUACCUUUGUGGAUAUCUCGGCAAACAAGUUCUCCAGCGUCCCGAUCUGUGUCCUUCGGAUGUGUCGUCUGCAGUGGCUGGACAUCAGCAGCAACAAUCUGAGUGACCUGCCGCAAGACAUAGACAGGCUGGAAGAGCUGCAGGGCUUCCUGCUGUAUAAAAACAAGCUGACCUACCUUCCUCAAGCCAUGCUCAACCUCAGAAAGCUCACCUUGCUGGUUGUCAGUGGAGAUCAUCUGGUGGAGCUCCCGACUGCCCUGUGUGAUGCCUCCACUCCGUUGAAAUUUGUGAGCCUCAUGGACAAUCCUAUAGCUAAGACCCAAGACAGCGAUGAGACAAUGGAAAGUGAACAGGAUCGCCAGCAUCUCGAUAAGGAAUUCAUGAAAGCGUACAUUGAAGAUCUUAAAGAGAGAGAAGCUGUUCCCAGUUAUACCACCAAAGUCUCCUUUAGCCUUCAACUCUGAUCCUAUCUACCCGAAGACCACAAAAUCUACCGCCCUGUGCUCUAGAUCUUUGUAUAUGUGUUACUUCUUACAGGAACUGUGGCUUGUGCCUAAGGACAAAGUCUAGAAGCUACCAUCAUCACUGUUGUGUUCAAAUCUCAAACAUGGGAAGAAUGAUGAACCUGCUUAUAUAUCAAUAGCAAUAGACUAAUUAGUAUGUACUUGUCCUAAAUAACACAUAUUUAAUAUUUUUAGGAAGUAAACUUUAAAAAAUUACAACAUACAGAACAAGUUUUGAAAUUGGAUGCAUUAUUUUCAGGAGUAAGGGGCUAGAGGGUUGUAAAUGAAAUAGGGAAUUUGCCACUUUAAAAAUGCUUCAGUGUGCUAUUCAUUUUUAUUGAGAAUAAUGCGCCUUGAGUUUAAACAGGUUGCUAUUUCCACAUUUUAGAUUCAUUUUGGCAAGUAUGCGUUUAGUUGUAUUUUGAUUCUCAGGAGAGCCUGAAGGUAUAAUUUGGGUAUUGAGGGUGAGAAGAAGAACCAGGUAUGCAUUGGGCAAUGGAUGCUCAGGUAGUGUGGCCCUGGAAAGGUCCAAAUGAUGGGCUCGGGGAGCCAUCCUGCCCUGAGGGGUCACCUAGUGGUCCUCAGAACAGAGAGCAGAGGCGGUGCCCCCAGGGCUCAUUCCUAUAGGUGGCCUAGUUAGUCUACACUGAUGACCCCCUGGCAGGGACAGGGCAGGAACCACAGGACAGGAGGGCUCUGCCCACGGGAGUGCAGCUGUGGGCUAGCAGGAGCCCCUGGGACGUCAGUUUGCAUUGGCAAAGGCAGGACUCUCUACAGGACUCUGUGUUCUUGUAUCACACCGCACCAUUGGGAGAACUGUACAAAGCUGCUAUUUUUAUUCCAGUGUCUUAGGCUAAAACAAAUAGGAAGUGGCUGGAUGUCUUGAGAUAAGAGUUUAGAAAUACAUAGGUAUCACUUGUUUGUGUAUAAGUGGAAUCCUUCCUAGUGUAGUCCAUUGCAGCCUUUGCAGUGGGAAAAAACAGUGUGUGUCUGUGCCGUUAGAUGCCAUAACUUCCAGGCCUGGAACACAUAGUGUCAGAUGAGCCUUGAAAACGACAUUUUUACGUGAUUUACUUAAAUAGCCCCUUGUGGCUAUCAUACUGUAUAGCAAAGCCCAACAUGUUAGAUUGGGGCAUGAGGAGGUUAUUUGUGAUUGAAGGGGGGGUGGUGUACUUUUACUUUUUCUUACCUCUUACCUGAUUUGCUCUCAGAAUCAUAUAAUUUUAAAAGGUUACCACAUACACACAAUUAAAAAGAAAAGAAAGAAAGAAAGAAAAAAACAAAACAAAACAAAAAAAAAACCUCAAACCUAAAAUGAAAUGUGUUGCAUCCCAAAUCUAAGGAUGCUGAGAAACCCAUAGAAAUGUCAGCUGGCCCAGGCAGCCCACCUGAAAUUCCAGUCCUGUAAACUAGAAACAGGGCCUGCCCAGACCAACCUAGCUAGCUACCCAAAGCCUGCCAGAAGCUCUGACUCGGUGAAUAAAGUGGAAAGAUGAUAGAGGGUGAUUCAGACUCUACAUGCACAAACACAGGUGUGCCUCUCACAGAAAAUGGAAAGAAGAAAGAUUAACAUUGGUACCUUGGUAUUUUGUCUAAGUCGGUAAUUUGAGUUAAGUCCAAGCAUUUUUAUCCUUAAUAAAAUUACCUGUUUCCUCCUGUCCCAAGGAGAUGUCUCAGCAAAGGGUCACUUCAACAAAAAACAAAAUGGCGAGAAGCAGGCUAAAAGAUGAAGAAUCGAAAGAUGAGGGCUCACUUUAAACUUCUUGUCUUUCUUCCCAAUACUUAAAAACAUUUCAAAUUGAUGAGUUGUUCUACUCGAACGAUUGUAGAAUUUUAUUUCGUACUCAAGUACGUUUUAUAUCAAGAUAUGAAAACUAUAUGGGAAAAGGCAGAAGUGUAGAAUUUUACACCGACAGACUGUUCCUAAUUUAUGUAAGUUUUAUUUCAAUAAAAUCAGCCUCUUUUGUGUAAAA